UGCCAGUGCUGUGAUUCUACUUGUGUUGGUGUCAUCGCUGUAUUCUUUGCAUCAUCGCUGGAGGAUACCCUGCACCUGCAGAAAAAAACACAGAGGAAAGUGGCUGGGAUCAUUAAAGAUCGCCAAUUCCAGGUUUGUUGGUCGAAGAGGAUGCCCGAGCCGAGUCCAUUGCGACAACGCGACGAACUUCGUCGGAGCAAGUCGCCAUCUGGAGGAGCUGAGGAGGCGAGUCGAGGCCGAGGAGAACGCAGUUCGCGACUUCGCAUCAAGAAGCGGAUGCGAAUUUGCGUUCAUACCGCCGAGGGCUCCUCACUUCUGAGGACUAUGGGAGGCAGGUGUGAAGUCUGCAAAGCACCUACUCCUACGGACGGUGGGCAACGCCCUGCUCACGGCCGAGGAGCUGCAGACAGUGGUCGUGGCGGUCGAGGCGGUGCUCAACUCCCGUCCGCUAGGAGCCGUAAGCAACGACCCCAACGACGGAGAGGCACUAACCCCAGGGCAUCUACUGGUGGGCGGUCCACUGGUGGCACCGGCAGCAUCGCGGACCCCGGACCAGGAGGGUCUGAGUUGCUUAAGGCGAUGGCGAGCUGUCUCGUCGCUCAAGCGAGCGUUCUGGCAGCGAUGGUCCCGGGAGUAUGUGCUGGGCCUGCAGGCACGGACCAAGUGGGACCGGUUGCAGCCAAAUCUGCGAAUCGGAGAGCCGCCGAUUCAGUGGAUAGCGGGUCGAGUCGAGGCGGAGACCCCCACGAAAUGCCAUCUUCUCAAAUAGACAACCACCACCAAUUCCUUUCAGACAACAAACCGCUACCGCGUCCAGAACCAAUGGAUGUGGAUUCCAGCGUCUAA